ACUACCAUUCCUGUCUCUUGCACUUUUCUCUAUCUUUUUUUUCCCUCUGUUAUUUUGAUUAGUUUACACAAUAAAUUACGCCAAGUCCUUUCUUUUCGAAAGCAUUAAUUCUUUUCGAAAGCAUUAAAUGCACAAUUUUUUAAACAACCUUCAGAUUUUUUCUCUUUCGCCAUUUCUUUCCAACAAUGCCGAAGAAAUGGAAACCCCUUCUUCCUUAUCUGUUGCUUUGUUUUGCCGAUAUCUUUGCUUUGCUAUCACUCUGCACCUUUGUUUCUUCUUCUUCUUCUUCUAAGUCUGUACUCUCUCAGUCUUCGGUUUCACUGAAGUUGACACUAUCCUCCGAUGCUCUUGGGCUUCUCGCGUUCAAGUCUAAAGCAGAUUUGAAAAACAAGCUUUCUUUCUCUUCAAACAGUAGUUUCUGCAAAUGGGCGGGGGUCGAAUGUGUUCAGUUCAAAGUGGUGCGCCUUAUAAUCCAAGGGCUAGAUCUUGGCGGUGUUUUUGCACCCAACACAUUGACUCGCCUUGACCAGCUUCGAGUCUUGAGUUUGCAGAAGAGCUCACUCACCGGAUCGAUUCCUGAUCUCUCUGGCCUCAAAAAUCUCAAAAGUCUCUUUCUUGACCAAAACUACUUCACAGGCUCUUUCCCACCUAUUUUAUCACUCCAUAGACUUCGCAGCUUGGAUUUAUCCCAUAACAAUCUCACCGGACCACUGCCCAACUGGCUACCGAAACUCGACCGGCUCAACUAUCUCCGCCUCGAGUGGAAUCACUUGAAUGGAUCGGUCCCUCCUCUGAACCAGUCCUCUCUCCGAAACUUCAAUGUCUCCGGUAACAAUUUCUCCGGUGCCGUACCAGUCACCCCAACUCUACUUCGCUUCGAACUCUCCGCGUUCUCGUGGAACCCGAGCCUGUGCGGCGAGAUUAUCCACAAGGAGUGCAAUCCAAGCCCACCCUUUUUCGGCCCAGUGUCAGCUUCACCCCCACCGACAAAAGCGCUUGAACAGGGCGCAGAAGUCAACAGCAUGGAAUUGACCGAGUCCUGCGAGAAGAAGCACCGCAAAACGGCGGUGAUCAUUGGGUUCUCAGCUGGGAUGUUCGUGUUAAUAUGUUCUCUCCUUUGUUUCGUAAUGGCCGUGAAAAAACAGGGGGGGCGGAAAGGCGAUCGAAGCAUGGAUCCGAUAAUGGCUGCUGACGUGGCGGCUGCUGUAAUGGAGUUAGAGCAAGAGGAGUUAGAGCAGAAGGUGAAAAGGGCUCAGGGAAUGCAGGUGGCUAAGAGUGGGAGCUUGGCGUUCUGCGCAGGGGAGGCCCAGUUAUACUCGUUGGAGCAGCUUAUGAAGGCCUCGGCUGAACUUUUGGGAAGAGGGACCGUUGGGACCACUUACAAGGCCGUCUUGGAUAAUCGUUUGAUUGUGAGCGUUAAAAGGCUCGACUCUGUUAAAUUGAGCGGAACAACUAGGGAGACGUUUGAGCAGCACAUGGAAUCGGUCGGUGGUUUGAGGCAUCCGAAUCUAGUGCCCCUCAGAGCUUAUUUUCAAGCCAAGGAAGAAAGGCUCCUCAUUUAUGAUUACCAACCCAAUGGCAGUCUUUUCUCCCUCAUUCACGGUUCAAAAUCCACGAGAGCAAAGCCACUCCACUGGACAUCAUGCUUGAAAAUAGCGGAGGACGUGGCCCAAGGCCUUUCCUACAUCCACCAAGCGUGGAGGCUCGUUCACGGCAAUCUCAAGUCCACCAACGUCCUCCUUGGCCCUGACUUUGAGGCCUGCGUCACCGACUACUGCCUCUCCAUCCUCGUCAACCCUCCAUCCACCGAUGACGAGGAGGUUUUGGCAGCCUGCAAAGCCCCCGAAAUCCGUAACUCGAAUCGGCAAGCUACAUCAAAGUCGGACGUGUACGCAUUUGGGAUUUUGGUGAUGGAGCUUCUCACCGGAAAGUCGCCGGCGGAGCUGCCGUAUUUGGCGCCAAACGAGAUGAUGGAGUGGGUGAGGUCAACGAGGGAGGUUGAGGAGGGAGUGGAAAACAACAAAAUGGAAAUGCUUCUUGAAGUGGCCAUAGCUUGUAGUUUAACAUCGCCAGAGCAAAGGCCCACUAUGUGGCAGGUGAUGAGGAUAUUACAAGAGAUUAAAGAAACGGUAUUAAUGGAAGACAGUGAACCGGACCCGCUUUCUGCCAUGUCCUAGUCCCUAUUGAUCCGCUCACUGUUUCUUCCAUCAUGUGUUAUUGAUACAUAAAAAUUAGAUUAAAACAAAUGAAGUGUUACCUUUUUUUU